AUGGGAUCUAAUCUUAAGUACAGUGCUGCUAAUUCUUCAAGGAUAACGAAGAGAACUAUUAAUACAUCACCAGUUAAACAAGCUCAAAAAGACUUGAAAAAGUAUCUACCUUCGCAGACGAAGUAUUUGCAGAAUUUGAAGAACAAGAAAACUCUAAGCCCAUCUCCCAAGAUAUCAGAAGGUAAACAGGAUGAGGUCCCAUUAACCGUUCAAGACUAUAAUGUUCAAUUAGACUAUCAACUUUCUAAAAAGGAUGACAUAUUGAUAGCGGUCGAUACUAUCCUUGGUAAUCAAUGGUCUGAAGCAACUACUCUUCAUUCGAGGUUUCAUACAAGACAAGAGGUACAGAAUUCUCUUAAUAAUGAGGACCUUUUGUUUCUGCUACCUGGAUUAUCUAUGAAAGUUAAAGCAGACAUCAUCAAGUAUAGGGCUAACCAAUUCCCUCACGGUUUAAUAACGAUAAAUCAGCUUUAUUCCAUCUAUGAACAUCAAGGAAAUACAUUUGUAGAUAGAAAUUUGGAAAUGAGGAUACGAGAAGGAAAGCUUCGAAAAUUUGUCAUAACAAAUGCUUCACCAAUCAUACUGAGAUCACCCCAAAAAUUUCAACAUGGGAAAGUAACAUAUGGCUACGAAAACGUCGAAGUUAUAGUUAAAUCUGAAAAUUAUUUAAAUAACAUAAAAAAUGAAAUACAUAAAUUGGAGAAGGAAAUUAGUCUCCAAGAAACACUGGCAAAUGAAAAAUCCAGUAAAGAAUCUUUGUGUGAAUGCUUGCAAAAAUUCCUUAAAUUUAUCAUCAACCAUCCUACAGCACUAUUUAUAGAUAAUAACCAAGGAAUGGAUAAUCAAGAACUUUCAAAGUUGGUAUCUCUUGGAUAUAUAACUUUAACCUCAAAUCAUUUGAAUGAAAUAGAAUCACAUCAAUAUUCAAUAUCUUAUCCAAAUUGUGGUACUUAUCUUAAACUUAUCAAUGCAGGGCGUUCAUGGUUAGUCAAGACUUUGAGUAAAUCCAAGUAUAGUGAAUUACUCGAAGAGCAUAUAUUUAAUAGGUGGGAGGGCCUUAAUACAAGUUUUAAUGGAACCUCAAAAAUGACUAAUUUCAGAAGUCCCUUGUAUGGGUAUGAUUUAUAUUGGAUAUUAGCGGACGCCCUCGGGGCAGGCGUUAUUGAGGUAUUUAACACGCCAGUUGGAAGGGGCUGGCGCUUAACAGGAAAGAUUUGA